AUGGCUGACUUAGCGAAUAUACUUGAUACAGAGUAUCUGUCAAAAAGAGAUUUCUCAUACUGGUCGCAUAAAGACGGGUAUUAUGCACUUUGUCGUAUAGCACGCAAAGCUAUAGACAUUUCGACUUUUGAGGAGACUUGGAAAAAGUCCCUUGCAACAAAGAAACUGUCCCCUCAAUUAGUCUCAUUGCUCAAAAGUCGAAGGAAAGCGACGGUGGAUGACAAACGCCGACUGAGAAAAGAAUUUCUGGAUGAAACCGCAGUAGACAGUUUGGAAGAAGACGCGAUAAUGCAGGGAGCCGCACUAUUAAAGUCAGGUAUGCAAUACGAUACUAGAAGAACCAAAGCCCGAUUGGAGAGCGGCGUAAAACGUAAACGGAAUGAUGACGAUGAAGAGGAGUGUUAUGAAGAAGAGCAGGAAGAACAGGAAAGCGAUGACAUAGAAGUAGGGGAGAAAGUGGCUGCAGACCUGAUCAACAACAUUAACAACGAGGCCAUAAGACCACCAUCAGUUUGGCCACAAAUAAAAAAGUAUCUGGAUAUUGUAUUGAAUACUCGAAAGGAAGAUUUCAAGAAAGCACUAGAGGAGACCGUGAAUGAUGAACAUGACAUGUUCAGACUGUAUUGCAAAAAAGUCUUAUCAAACUUUUACGAUCUUGUCGAUAUUUUUCCUAUGAUCCCUGUGAGUAUGGGCGAAAGGAAGUACAUUGUUCAAAAUGUCAGUCCGCUGUUCACAUUUUAUGAACGGACGUUUGGAUUAGUUUACUUCGAUUGGAUUGAAAGCCACUCCCGUGCAGCAAAAUUGGCUCGGUCACCAUCAGAAUCAGGCAUUGUCAAAGUAGAUGCCAAUGGUAUAAGGGUACGAGACAAUCAAGAAGUGUGGCAUUUAGAAGUUGCUGGCUCGCCAUAUAUCUUCUCAACGAAACAUGCCGGUGAUAAUGCACGCAAAUCAAUGAACUUGGAGCUUGUUACUUUGGUGGCUGUAUUGCGUGAAUACUUGUCAGCCCCUAUACGACUGGCAAAGAGACUGAAAAUUUUUAGUUGCCAAGUGAUAGGUGAUCGAAUUACAUUGUACAGCCUCAGUCUCAUGGAGGAAGGUAAAUUCCUGGCAGAAGAGUUGGAAUCUGCAAAGUUUCCACUUUCUUUUGCUGCCAGAAUUAGAUAUAUAGGUAUAUUCAAAAUGAUGGCUCGAUUCCAUGACGAACUUAUGGAACAAGAAGAGAUUAUAGGAAAGAUUGAAGCUAGCCUCUAUGACAGCACAGAUGAGUCCCUCAAAGUGAGGGAUGUCAUCACUUUGCCCGAUAAAGUGCAAAUGUUAUCCUACAAGUAG